AUGGACAACCUGAAGGCAAGCCUUGGUCAUCUCCCCGUCGAGCUCCGGGCGCUCGUCCUGUCUCACAUCGAGCAGGUCAAAACGCGGCAGAUACUGGUGCUCAGCUCGACGUUUCGGAAGGCUUUUUCGCUGCCCGGGGCUUUGCCGCGGACUUUCGACUUCGAGGGGGUCGCGGGCGAUGUUAUCGCCAAAUGCCUUGUUCGUCUGCUGGAUGACGAUCGCGUGCGGUCGCUGAGGAAGGAGCGCGCGUUGGAGCUCAUAGGGGUGUACAGCGACCGCCUCUGCGAGUACGCCUGUGGACGGAACUUCGUGGUUCUGAAGUGGGCUCACAACGAGCUCGACCUUCCGUGGGCGCCGUAUCCUGCCGGGCGCGUGAGCGACGACGUCCUCGUGCUACGCGUGCUACGUGAGUCAUCGUCGGUGCUCAAGCGGCGUUGGCGGGAGAACACAAGGCCGGAGGAGUGGUGGGGGGUGAAGAUAGUUGACGGGCGGGUGGAGGAGCUCAAGUUGCACAGCUUGGGACUAUGCGCGGUACCGGCGGAGAUUGGGCAGCUCACGGCGCUGAAGUCGUUGUGGCUCGGCAGCAAUCGGCUGACGAGCCUGCCGGCGGAGAUCGGGCAGCUCACGGCGCUGCAGGUGUUGUUGCUCAACGCCAAUCAUCUGACAAGCGUGCCGGCGGAGGUCUGGCAGCUCACAUCGCUGGAGGGGUUGCGCCUCGACGACAAUCAGCUGACGAGCGUGCCGGCGGAGAUCGGGCAGCUCACGUUGCUGGAGCUUUUGGACCUCAGCGGCAAUGAGCUGACGAGCGUGCCGGCGUGGAUCGAGCAGCUCACGUCGCUGGAGCAGUUGUCCCUCAACGGCAAUCGGCUGACGAGCCUGCCGGCGGAGAUCGGUCAGCUCACGUCGCUGGAGGUGUUGUACCUCCGGCACAAUCAGCUGACGAGCUUGCCGGCGGAGAUCGGGCAGCUCACGUCGAUGAGGGAGUUGUUCCUCUGGGGCAAUCGGCUGACGAGCGUGCCGGCUGCGAUACGCGAGCUCAGAGCGGCGGGCUGCAAUGUGUGCAUGGAUGACGGCGUGACGGUGGACGAGUGA